AUGCGACUCCUCAACACAGCUACCGGCAAACUCGAGACGUUUAGCGACGCAGACACGCCGCUUUACGCCAUUCUCUCUCACCGAUGGACCUCCAACAAAAUUACUUUCCAAGACCUCCACGACCCACACGUCCAACGGAAGGAGGGCUACUCCAAAAUCUCGAACUCCUGCCGCAUCGCCGCCAAAAACGGCCUCGACUACCUCUGGAUCGAUACCUGCUGCAUCGACAAGACAAACAGCACCGAACUCUCCACGGCAGUCAACUCCAUGUACCAGUGGUACCGCGACGCGGUCGUGUGCUUUGCCUAUCUCUCAGACGUUCCCGCAGUAGAUUUCGCCCGGAGCUUGUGGUUCACCCGCGGUUGGACCCUCCAAGAGCUCCUCGCCCCAUCCACCAUUCUCCGGGGUUGUGACCUGAGCCUGGCCAGCAAUGCGCAAAAGAUGUCAUGGGCCGCGAACCGGGUGACGACGGUUACCGAGGACCUGGCCUAUUGUUUGAUGGGCAUUUUCGGGAUCAACAUUCCCAUGCUCUAUGGGGAGGGGGGAAAAUCAUUCCUUCGACUCCAAGAGGAGAUCCUCAAGACCACUGACGACUUCAGCUUGUUUGUGUGGAAGGAGGACGGGGCGACGGUUGACCUCUCCGAUAGAAACGGGUUAACAAUGACGCCACCGCUUCGGGCCGCCGCUGAAGGUCACGUCGAGAUGGCGAGACUUUUGUUACAGGAGGGGGUAGACCGAGAGGCGAGGGACAAGAACGGACGUUCAAAAAUGGUCAUGUUUUUGCUAGACCAAAGGGUAGACCUUGAGGCUCCGGAUGUGGACAACCGAACAUGCCUGGCGCAUGCGGCAAUCUAUGGAUGCUGUGAGGCCAUGUCCAUUGUCAUCAGCAGAAAAGCCGAUUUGGAGACGAGAGAUAACGAUGGCUUGACGCCGUUGGCGUUAGCGGCCAGCCGUGCCAAAUCCAACAUUGAGGCCCUCGAUAGGAAUGGCUGGACACCGAUCUUCUGGGCUGUGGGAAAGGGGCACCGGGAAACAGCGAAUGUGUGUGACCAUCUUAAGGUCACGGUACUGUCUCACGCGGAAAGGCGCCAACGCGGUGACAUUAUAAAGCUCCUUCAUCAUCAUCGUCGUCGCACAGAGAGAGGAAAUCAAGUGGGCGGUGAGGGAAAUAGUGGGAUCUAUAUGCUCUAA